CUCUGCUGACCAACCUCCACCGCCAUUGCAGGUCCAGGGAGUCGGUGUAGUGACAGUCGUUAGCCGGGGAAGACCGCAAGUAAACAGUUAAGGGAAGGAAUAAAAAACAAAUAAAGUACAGUCACACCGACAGCGCGUUUUAAAUAAGGCGUAGAAUUCGCUUACAAUUGGACUUUAGACUAGAGACUUCCUGGCUGUCCGGCUAGGAUCUGAGAGAAGCAGCCGUAGUUUGUUAGCAUUAGACGAGACCGGAGGAGAGUGAGAGAGGAACCGCCAUGGCUCAGAUCCUGCCUAUUCGCUUUCAGGAGCACCUGCAGCUCCAAAACUUAGGGAUCAAUCCGGCCAACAUAGGCUUCAGCACCCUAACCAUGGAGUCUGACAAGUUCAUCUGUGUGCGUGAGAAGGUGGGUGAGCAGACUCAGGUGGUGAUCAUCGACUUGGCCGACCCCAACACACCUAUCCGCAGGCCCAUCUCAGCUGACAGCGCCAUCAUGAAUCCAGCCAGCAAGGUCAUUGCACUUAAAGACGCUGCCAAAACUCUUCAGAUCUUUAACAUUGAGAUGAAGAGCAAGAUGAAGGCGCACACCAUGACCGACGAUGUUACCUUUUGGAAGUGGAUCUCUCUUAACACAGUUGCACUUGUGACUGACAAUGCCGUCUACCAUUGGAGCAUGGAGGGUGACUCACAGCCUGUGAAAGUCUUUGACCGGCACUCUAGCCUGGCAGGCUGCCAGAUCAUCAACUACCGCACUGACGCCAAGCAGAAGUGGCUCCUGCUCAUCGGCAUCUCAGCUCAGCAAAAUCGAGUGGUGGGAGCCAUGCAGCUGUACUCUGUUGAGAGAAAGGUUUCUCAGCCCAUUGAAGGCCACGCUGCCAGCUUCGCCCAGUUUAAGAUAGAAGGCAAUGCAGAAGAGUCAACUCUGUUCUGCUUCGCUGUCAGAGGCCAGGCUGGAGGGAAGUUGCACAUCAUUGAAGUGGGAACCCCACCAACUGGUAACCAGCCGUUUCCUAAGAAAGCAGUGGAUGUCUUCUUCCCUCCAGAAGCCCAGAAUGACUUCCCUGUAGCCAUGCAGAUAAGCUCCAAGCACAAUGUGGUUUUCCUCAUUACCAAAUAUGGCUACAUCCAUCUCUAUGACUUGGAGACUGGCACCUGCAUCUACAUGAACCGCAUCAGUGGAGAGACCAUCUUUGUCACCGCUCCACAUGAGGCCACCUCAGGCAUCAUUGGGGUCAACAGGAAGGGGCAGGUUCUGUCUGUCUGUGUGGAAGAAGAAAACAUCAUUCCCUACAUCACCAACGUGCUGCAGAAUCCAGAUCUGGCUCUCCGCUUAGCUGUCCGCAACAACCUCACGGGAGCCGAAGAGCUGUUUGCACGCAAGUUCAACAACCUGUUUGCUGCUGGCAACUACUCCGAGGCCGCCAAGGUUGCUGCUAACGCACCAAAGGGCAUCCUGCGCACUCCAGAUACCAUCCGUCGUUUCCAGAGUGUUCCCACUCAGCCUGGCCAAACCUCCCCCUUGCUGCAGUACUUUGGUAUCCUGUUAGACCAGGGCCAGCUCAAUAAGUUUGAGUCCCUGGAGCUUUGCAGGCCUGUCCUCCAGCAGGGGCGAAAGCAGCUUUUGGAAAAGUGGUUGAAGGAAGACAAGUUGGAGUGUUCUGAAGAACUGGGUGACUUGGUGAAGGCGGUGGAUCCUACCUUGGCUCUCAGUGUGUACUUGAGGGCCAACGUUCCCAACAAGGUCAUUCAGUGCUUUGCAGAGACUGGUCAGUUUCCUAAGAUUGUCCUGUACGCCAAAAAGGUCGGCUACACACCAGACUGGAUCUUUCUGCUCAGGAAUGUGAUGCGGAUCAAUCCAGAACAGGGCCUGCAGUUCGCACAGAUGCUAGUCCAAGAUGAAGAGCCACUGGCUGACAUUACACAGAUUGUGGACGUGUUUAUGGAGUACAACCUGAUUCAGCAGUGCACAUCAUUCCUUCUGGAUGCCCUGAAGAACAACAGACCCUCAGAAGGACCUCUCCAGACUCGCCUGCUGGAGAUGAACCUCAUGCAUGCACCACAGGUUGCUGAUGCAAUCCUGGGCAACCAGAUGUUCACCAACUAUGAUCGUGCCCACAUUGCCCAGCUGUGUGAGAAAGCUGGACUCCUGCAGAGAGCACUAGAGCACUACACUGACCUGUAUGACAUCAAGCGUGCUGUGGUGCACACACACCUGCUCAACCCAGAGUGGUUGGUGAACUACUUUGGCUCAUUGUCAGUGGAAGAUUCUCUGGAGUGCCUCAGGGCCAUGCUCUCAGCGAACAUCCGCCAGAACCUGCAGAUCUGCGUCCAGGUGGCGUCCAAGUACCAUGAACAGCUCACCACACAGGCUCUCACUGAACUCUUUGAGUCGUUCCCCUCAGGUUUGUUCUAUUUCCUGGGCUCUAUUGUAAACUUCAGUCAGGAUCCUGAAGUUCACUUCAAAUACAUCCAAGCUGCCUGCAAGACGGGCCAGAUCAAAGAGGUGGAAAGGAUCUGCAGAGAGAGCAACUGCUACGAUCCUGAGCGUGUCAAGAACUUCCUCAAGGAAGCCAAACUAACCGACCAGCUCCCACUCAUCAUCGUCUGUGACCGUUUCGACUUUGUCCACGACCUGGUCCUCUACCUGUACCGCAACAACCUGCAGAAAUACAUUGAGAUCUAUGUUCAGAAGGCUGAUACGAGUGGUAACUGGGAGGACUUGGUCAAAUUCCUGCAGAUGGCUCGUAAGAAGGCCCGCGAAUCCUACGUAGAGACCGAGCUGAUCUUUGCUUUGGCCAAAACCAAUCGCCUUGCUGAACUUGAGGAGUUCAUCAACGGGCCCAAUAAUGCUCACAUUCAACAGGUUGGUGACCGCUGCUAUGAUGAGAAAAUGUAUGAGGCCGCUAAACUGUUGUACAACAACGUUUCCAACUUUGGCCGUCUGGCUUCGACCCUGGUGCACCUCGGAGAGUACCAGGCUGCCGUGGACGGCGCCCGUAAGGCCAACAGCACCCGCACCUGGAAAGAGGUGUGCUUCGCCUGUGUGGACGGACAGGAGUUCAGACUGGCGCAGAUGUGCGGUCUCCAUAUCGUCGUGCACGCCGAUGAGCUGGAGGAGCUGAUUAACUACUACCAAGACCGUGGUUACUUUGAGGAGUUGAUUACCAUGCUGGAGGCCGCCCUGGGCCUGGAGCGCGCUCACAUGGGGAUGUUCACAGAGCUGGCCAUUCUCUAUUCCAAGUUCAAGCCCCAGAAGAUGAGGGAGCAUCUGGAGCUCUUCUGGUCAAGAGUUAACAUCCCAAAGGUCCUGAGAGCAGCGGAGCAGGCUCACCUGUGGGCCGAACUUGUCUUCCUGUAUGACAAAUACGAGGAGUACGACAACGCCAUCAUCACCAUGAUGAACCACCCGACAGAUGCCUGGAAGGAGGGCCAGUUCAAAGACAUCAUCACCAAGGUACCGUUUAAUUGGAUAUCACAAUCACGACUUGUUUUUCUUCCCAACAAGGAUGCACAACGUGACCGUUUCGCACUCGUAUGUUAACAGGUGAAACAGCUGCCUCUGGUCAAACCGUACCUACGGUCAGUACAGAACCACAACAACAAAUCGGUCAACGAAGCACUUAACAACCUCUUCAUCACAGAGGAGGACUAUCAGGCACUGAGAACAUCAAUAGAUGCCUACGAUAACUUUGACAACAUCUCGCUGGCCCAGCGCUUGGAGAAGCACGAGCUGAUUGAGUUCAGGAGAAUCGCUGCCUACCUGUUUAAGGGCAACAACCGCUGGAAACAGAGCGUGGAGCUCUGCAAGAAGGACAAGCUUUAUAAGGAUGCCAUGCAGUAUGCUUCAGAAUCCAAAGACACAGAGCUGGCAGAGGAGCUGCUGUCCUGGUUCCUGCAGGAGAACAAGAAGGAGUGUUUCGCCGCCUGCCUGUUCACUUGCUACGACCUGCUACGACCUGACGUGGUGCUGGAGACCUCCUGGAGGAACAACAUCAUGGACUUUUCUAUGCCGUACUUCAUUCAGGUCAUGAGGGAGUACCUCAGCAAGGUCGAUGCAGUUAAGGAACAGGUGAAAGUUUAAAGCUCUGUGUUUGAUCAGCAUUCAGUGUAGGAGACUGCAGCCUGGAGUGUGCAUGUUUCAGCUGUAAUGCUCACUCACUCAGAAACUGAUCAGUCGGUCAAACUGGUUUUGUAAUUGUUGGGCAACUAUUCCUAUAGGAUGUAAUACAAAAUGCUUAAACUUGGUAUAACCGUAGCAUGUAAGUUUUAUUAUCCAGUAUGUUGUUCAGUGGCGUCGACGCAGUGAUUUGAAGCGUUCCUGUGAAGUUGGGCGCAUCAACAAUUAUAAAAAAUGAUAUACUGCAUAUCUAAAGUGCAUUUACCUCCAGCUGUGUAACACUGUUGCAUCCUGAUGCUUGGGACUUGAUGCAUGUGUGUUAACCAAAAACAAAGUCUUGCUCAUACAUACCUGCAGGCUGUUGGUUUGCCCGGCUUCAUGCACAAGGCUUUGAACGAUAGGAAGCACCUGAAGUAACCUGGCUCCGCCUCUAAGCUGCGUCUUACUGCUGCAGCAGCGUGACACAUACAGCAUGGGACACUCAGCAGCUUUGUCUCACUGCAUUUAAUUAAAGGCUGCUGUUUGUUACACUGCAUGGACAAACUGAAUGUGCACACGGGGUGUGGAAGCAAACUGCUGAGCCUUUAUUACUGUUUUAGAAACAACAUGCAUCCAGCUGCUGCUGCUUUCCCCUUUCACCUUAGAAGUCCAUUCUGCAUAUUGCUGCUAGCAGUUACCUGACUCACUGCUCAAAAAGGUUCCUCCUGCUCUCACCUGUAUUCAUGUAUGUUGCUGGUUGACAGGAACCUCUGUGAGGCAGAAGCAGGCAAACAUUGGACCAUCAUAGCAACCGUAGUCUCAGCAUUUAUGCCCAAAACAGAUGUUAAAACAACAACUGCUGUUUCCGACUGCAGAAGCCGUUACUGAUCAUUCACACGUUUCAUUAGUUGACUAUUAAGAAAUAAAGGGCGACUGCUUUUGCUACUAAACGUAACUGAGGAUGUCAUAAAUGGUUGUGUUUUUAAAAUCAUGCAAACUAUGGCGCUUUAUUAACAUUUUUAUUGCAGUUGGAAGUUCUCAGUUGCCUCUGUGGGGUCAUGUGAUCCCACGUUGACACGUAUCGUUGAGCUCGGCGCUCUGAGGGCUCGCACCAUCUGCUGCA